UGGCAUUGGUUUAGUUUCAAGUUCACGGGCGAAUAAUAAGUUUAAUUAUACAAUUAGGUUUUUAAUUAUAGUAAAAAUGAAGACGUGGGCGGUUGUGUCUACAGUGUUUUAUUUUGGAGCGGUUUAUAUUCAUGCAGCUCCAGAAGAUGACAAAGUUUUUAACGUAACAAUGACUAUGGUGAAAGUCGGGGUAAUAAACAUGGAUGUGAACGCCAUUUGCAGAGCUGCAGGAUACAUAACUCCAGAUGAACUUGCGGCAUACAUAACCACAGAAGAAAGCGCGACGAAAAAAAGUAAAAGUGUUACAACAGUAGAAGAUACUACUACUGUUGAACCCGGGACGUCAACUACAAGAGAAACUACUACCGGUCCAUCGGCGAGCGUCAAAACUGCAACUGACAAGUCAACGACGGUUGCUAGCACAACAGAUUCUGUAGCAGAAACUGUUACCCCGAUUAUUAGUACAACAAAAUCUUCAGCAGAAACUGUCACCAUUCCACCCGCGCACGUAACCAAUGCGAGUGACGAUCCAACAGUUGGUAGUACAAUAGACUAUACAACAGAAACUGCUACACCAGAUUAUUCAACAGAAACUAGUACAGGUACAGGUCGUGGUAUUGGUAGAGGUUAUUCAAGAAAAACUGGUACAACAAAUUAUGCAACAGAAACUGGUACAACAGAAACUAGUACCACAGAAACUGGUACAACAGAAACUGGUACAACAGAAACUAGUAUCACAGAAACUGGUACAACAGAAACUGGUACAACAGAAACUGGUAUAACAGAAACGGGUACAACAGAAACUGGUACAACAGAAACUGGUACAACAGGAACUGGCACAACAGAAACUAGUACAACAGAAACGGGUACAACUGAAACUGGUACAGCAGAAACUGGUACAACAGAAACGGGUACAACAGAAACUGGUACAACAGAAACUACUACCCCGAUUAUUAGUACCACAGAUCCUUCAUCAGAAACUAUUAGCCCGAUGUUUAGGAAAAUAGGUUAUUCCGCAGAAACUGCUGUUACUACGAUUACUACUACAGAAGAUUCUUCAACAGAAACUACUACCAGUUCACUCGCGAGCGUAAUAAAUACGGGUGUCAAGUCAAAGAGGAUUACUAGUACAACAGAUUCUGCAGUGAAAACUACAACGGACAUACCAGAGACAACACCCGAAACAUCAACCACAGGCAAAUUAAGUACCACGGAGAAGACAUCCGACACAACGGAACAUGAAAUUGUUACUACAGAUACUAUAUCACGUAAGAAAAUAAUGUCGGACACAAGCGUGUAUUCCACUACAGAACCUGACUCAACUACAGAAACGGAACCCGACUUAAUUACAACAGAACAUAGUGAAGCAUCAUCUACUGGCAAACUUGGAACCGGCAAUGGGUCGCGGCCAGAUUACAGAAUCUACAUAUAUCUGUUGCUGUCUCUCCUGUUAGCCGGGAUUAUCAUCUGGAUCAGCUAUAUGAUAUACACUAGGCAUCAAGCCAAUAGUUACGUGCUACCACCGCCUGCUGCAGAGGCCACACCACUCAACCAAAUUACAAGCGCGGCGUAGAAGCGACGGAUUUCAACAACUGUAAUACAAACGCCUGUUUAAGAUAUUUAAUGAAAACAUUAGGUUUUAAAAUAUUUUGGCCCCAGGCCAUUAAUUGUUGAAGCUACAUGAUGAUCGAAAUGGUGCUGUUACACGGACAAGGUAAUUAAUUGCCAACAAUUCACAUACAAUUGCCGCGUUUGUUCAAUCCGCACCAACUAUGGAGCAAACGCGGCAAUGGUAUAUUGAAUAGCGCCUAAACGCUAGACGUGGCUAGACUCUGUGGCACUACUACAGAAGAGCGAAGAUCUAGCUACGGUACGUGUAAGCAAUUGUAAUACCGUGAUAUAGUUUAUAGAGGUAUUGGUACGGGGGUCAGAAUACACUUACUUCUUACCCUAAGUACCUUUAGUGCAACCUGUCAAAAAUGUGACAUACGGUUAGCCUAACUUCGUAUGGGAUUUUGAAGAGUACGCCAAGGAGGCUCCUUAGGAGCACUUAUCUAUUAUGUAACUCGAAAAAAAAACUUACGAGUCCGAGUGAAAACACUCUAGUCUCUGUUUGACCAACUUGACUAUACAGAGUGGGGCCUGUAACAAAGGCGAAGAAUUGAACUCUAGGCUAUUCUCCUUAUCAUAUCAACAUUUGUUCGGCGACUUUUAAAAAUAACUUGUAUUUUGAUUUUUAUCACCCUUGA